CCUGGCACCGCCCCGGUGAGACACGGCCCCUGCCCGCCGGGGUCCCGCGCCUCUCCUGGGAAAGUGCAUCAUUUCCGUGGAGCUGCUGAGCUCAUAGUGUUUCUUCCGCCUUUUACAGCAUUGCUGUUUGAUUAAAGUAAUCUCAGCGUGUGAACCAUCGAGUUCAACAGCGCCGUCUCCCCUGUGCGGCCUCGAGUGCGAGGAUCUCCGUUCUCCGCGCCCCGGGGAAGGGGCUGGGCGGCUGCAGGCCCUGCAGCCCGGCGGGAGGAAAGGGCGCUUGGCAGCGGACACUGCUCACUGCCGCCAGCCUUUCGUUUGGAAAUGUCUGAUUGAUGGGAACUACAUGGUGGGCUUUUGGUUCAAAAGGGGCUGCCUGGAAGGGGGAGCCAGCAGAGCAGGAAUGCUUGGUGGAAUGUCACCCUGGAGCUCUCGGAGUGUGCCGGGGCUCCUGAAAUGUUCCCAGGGCAUUGAGCGAUGGAGAACCAGGCAGCAGUUUUAAGUGGAGUGCAAAAGGUUUGAUGUUGCCAAGGCGUAACAAAUUAGUUAUGGAAUCAGAAGGUAUCAAUAAGUAUAAGGGAAAGAGGAGUUAAGCUUGAGACAAUAACAUAAAUUUGAACAGGAAUCUAGUUAAGCAUUAGUAAUAAAAGACUGAAAUUAAGAGGCGGUGUAGAAGAGAAACCAACAACCAACAGCAUUUCAUUGCUUGCUAAAGAAAAUACCAAAAUUAUUUCUAAUGCAGUAACUUUUUUUUUUUUUUCCCCAGAUGUACUUAGAAAAAAAAUACAUAUUUUCUCAAUAGUAUUUUCUGGUUUUCAUGUUUUUUUCUUUUUUUCUGAAAGCUGACAUUGAAUUUGCAUGGAUUUGGAAGUUAAUGGAGUUGCUGCAUCCCCUCGAAGGAAGGCUGAGUUGUCAUUGAGGGUGAAGAAAUGUCAGGGCUGGAGACCAAAUAGACAGGCUACACACAGUCCUCACCCACCAGAGGUGCCAUGCCUAGAUCUAACGACGCUUGGAGAGUCUGAUGAAGAGGAUGGGGACUCUUACAUACCCUACACUGGAAGUUCUUCUCAUAGGUGCCAACUAGAUUCAUCUUCGGAGUGGAGAACGUCACUACAAACUCCAUCUGUACAGCAUCAACAUAAGACAAGACCAGAAAAUCUGAUAUCUGCCACAGACAGAUCCAAACCCAAGCAUGGCCAGUAUGAAUCAGGUAUGAAGGAAGAAUAUAAGCAACAUCCUCAGAGAACUGCAGAAAAGAAAAAAGACCACCUCCAGUGUCCAGACACUUCAAUAAAGGGUACACAGCUUGAUGAUGGACAAGAUGAUUUUGUAACUAUUGAUAAGAAAGCUCUCUUGCAUCAAUGCUAUAUAAACAAGCCGUAUAAAAUGCAGCACAACGUAAGGAAAUCAGAAGCUGAGGAUGUUGCUGCAGAGAGGAGAAAACAGGCUGUUGUAGAACAAGUUAUGGUGGAUCAAUUAUGUAGAGCUGUCAUAAGUGAUCCAGAGCAGUCCACACGUUCUGAUGCUUGCAAGGAAGCUCAAGGACUUCUGGGAGCUGGCAUAGCACCGACACGUUUUAGAAAAAGGACACUCCAUGAAACCAAAGUAAGGACCAAAUCAGGACUAACUGAGAACAUGCUUUCCAACAAGCUACGCUUUGAUAGUAGGAUUAUAUCGAGAAAUGGUCACGAUGCUUGUAGGGAGUUGAUUGGAUUUUUUUUUGCAUGUGACAAAUCCCUUACUGUGUAUGAAUAUCGUCAGUUUGGAAAAAACAGGACAAAUGCCUUGCCUUUCAUUCAGAAGGGAGUUUAUCAACAUCAGCGUGGACAAAGAAAGGGAAAAUCUUAUGAUCUUAGUGACUUCUACAUUGGAGCCAAUCUGACUUUCCGAAGUGUUGAUCAUAACCUUCCAGAAAGUGUUAAGCAGAACCCCGUCUUCACCCUUCGUGUGAUAAGUAUUGAUGAAGCAGCUAUGGAUAACCUAAAAGCUUCUUCUGUGGAACUCAAGGAAGAGUGUUCAAGGCAAGUGGUUGAUGACAGCAAAGUUUUCAAGAAGAUUCAAGGUAUAUUCAGAGAAUCACUAAGUAAAAGAGGAGUUCGGGUUAUAACAGGCUUAGGAAAGUAUUUCCGACAAAUAGACAAGAACAGAAAUGGCUUUCUUUCUCAAGCAACCUUGAAAGAAGCUCUAAAAGUAUUCCAUUUGGAAAUACCUGAAGGGGACUUUGAAUCCUUAUGGCUUAUUCUUGAUGAUAGCAAGAGUGAUAAGGUCGACUAUGGAGAAUUCAUCCAUACCAUCUUUGGAGAAAUGAAUGAAUAUAGGAAAGCAUUUGUAAGAAAAGCUUAUAUGAAACUAGAUUUCAACAAAACUGGGAGUGUGCCUAUGAUAGAUGUCAGAAAAUGUUACUGUGCAAAGAAACAUCCUGUGGUAUUGACAGGCAAAACUGCAGAAGAAGAAAUGAAAUCUUCAUUUCUAGAAGCAUUAGGAGAGUCCUGCAGCAACCCCAAUGAAGUGUCCUAUUCUGAGUUUGAAGAUUACUAUGAAGGAUUAAGUUUUGGAAUUGUGGAUGAUGAUGACUUUGUUAACAUCUUAAGGAAUUCAUGGGGAAUUUAGAGUGGAAGAUGACAAAAAAGAAGAAGGGACUUUUCUAAACAAGGAAUGGCUGAAUAAGAGAGGAUUAAGUCUUGAUAUGCUUUAUAAUUAGUGUCUUAAACUGAUUUCAGUGACAGAAAACUUUAAAUGCUUUCAGAAUAAUAUGUGGCAAAUUUCAUGGAGUGUCUGUUGAGUUAUGGUAGCCACUCUUCUAAUAAAAAUACUGUUCAUGACUUUUCACUGGAAAUUAUUAAGGCUGUUUCCCAUACCAAAAGCCAUAUUUUUUAAUAUUAAAAUAAAGUGUCCUAUUUUAAAAUAAGGGAAUUAGAAUACUGAAAUGCCUGAAGGGGUAUGUGCAAGAGAAAAUUUUGUUUUAUGAUGCAUUGUGAAAAGCUUCAGAUUUGACUGCAUAAAUAUGAAUUGUAGCUUUUCUUCAGAAAUUUUCUUAUAGCAUUCUUUGUCUCACUUAUUUUUUCUUAUGCAGGUACUUAGCUUGAAAGAGAGCAGGUCAUCCUUUUCCAAUUUGAGGAUGUCUACUGUACUGAAAGUGCAGAGAUGUUCACAGCAUUAGCCCCUUGGCCUGUGCACUGUCUUGACUGAUCUUGCUUUGUCAUUUUGGUCAGCUGAGCAUUGAAUCUCAAAGGUUUUAGUAAUCACACAUGUGUUUUGUAAUGCUUAUCUUCCUUUCCUGUAUUUUGCUAAGUGGUUUUCGAAACAAAUAAUUUAUAUUUAAAUAUCUGUUUUCUUUAUAUUGCUGGGAUUUUUAAACUAAAACAUAGCAAUUAAAUAUUUUGUCAAAUUGAUAUAUAGCAUUUUCUAUCUACUCUGAAAGUAUAAAAGAGAAAAGUAUUUUUAAAAAAGCCCAAAAAAACCACCUCUGCCAUCACAAAAAUUAAAUCAUAUAUUAAAAUACUCUUUGCUAUUUCAGAUGUUCUGACAGGUACAAUUCUCAGUGUAAUACAUCUUGCUAAUUCUGUAAAAUUCUUUGUGUUAAGAAAUAAAAAUAUAUAGUUAAUGAGAGAAAGACUUUGGUUUUCAUAGACCUGUCACUGAAAUUAACUGUAUGUUGAGCCUAUGCAAUUAAAAUUUAUAACUUUCCUCUAA